AUGAAUUGUGUUGAUCAAGCUACAAAGGUUAAUAUCACUGUGGAAACGUGUAAAGCCCCGAGCCUCUGCCGCGUCAGCCAAGGGCGCCCGCGGUUCGCUCUCAGCCGCGUCAGCCAAGGGCGCCCACGUUUCGCUCUCAGCCGCGUCAGCCAAGGGCGCCCGCGGUUCGCUCUCAGCCGCGUCAGCCCAUUGCGCCCGCGGUUCGCUCUCAGCCGCGUCAGCCAAGGGCGCCCGCGGUUCGCUCUCAGCCGCGUCAGCCAAGGGCGCCCGCGGUUCGCUCUCAGCCGCGUCAGCCAAGGGCGCCCGCGAUUCGCUCUCAGCCGCGUCAGCCAAGGGCGCCCGCGGUUCGCUCUCAGCCGCGUCAGCCAAGGGCGCCCGCGGUUCGCUCUCAGCCGCGUCAGCCAAGGGCGCCCGCGGUUCGCUCUCAGCCGCGUCAGCCAAGGGCGCCCGCGGUUCGCUCUCAGCCGCGUCAGCCAAGGGCGCCCGCGAUUCGCUCUCAGCCGCGUCAGGCAGGGCGGCGAGACGACGAUUGUGGGUGUGUUGCGGGAGCCGUCGGUCGCGCUCAUUUAA